AUGUCCAAGCCCGUCGUCAACUUCAUCACGGGCAACAAGAACAAGCUCGCCGAGGUCAAGGCCAUCCUCGAGCCCGCCGGCAUCGAGGUCCGCAGCCAGGCCAUCGACCUGGUCGAGGUCCAGGGCACUCUCGACGAGGUGACGCUCGACAAGUGCAGGCGGGCAGCCGAGCAGGUCCAAGGCCCCGUCCUCGUCGAGGACACAUGCCUGUGCUUCGACGCGCUCAACGGCCUGCCGGGUCCUUACAUCAAGUGGUUCCUGGGCUCCAUCGGCCACGAAGGCCUGAACAACCUCCUCGCCGCCUACCCGGACAAGUCGGCCAAGGCCGUCUGCACGUUCGCCUACUCGGCCGGCGCCGGACAGGAGCCGCUCCUGUUCCGCGGCGUCACCGAGGGCAAGAUCGUGCCGGCACGAGGUCCCCCGGACUUCGGCUGGGACCCCAUCUUCGAGUAUGAAGGCAAGACCUACGCAGAGAUGGACAAGGUAGAGAAGAACAAGAUCUCGCAUCGCUUCAGGGCGCUAGAAGAGCUCCAGACGUGGUUCGCUAAGCAGACGGCCUCCGCUUGA